AUUUAGAUGUGUUUUGAAUAUAUUGCAUAGACAGCAAAAAAUAAGAAGAAUUAAUACUGUCAACGUCUAUGUUUUGCUACUUCUACUUUUUACUUGAGAAUAAAAUCGUAAAAAUAAUUAAAAAUGCCCGCCCAAGUGGAACAGAAAACUUUGGACCCUGAGGCCGAAUUGAGCAAUGUUCAACGAACGUUCCAAAAAUUGGCGCCAACAUGUAGCGUUGAGAAGCGCGCUGGCGGCGUGCCGCAGCUAGCGCCGCAGGAGAAGCAGAUCGGCAUCCUUGCUAACGAGCUGAAAGAGACCUUGCUGUGUAUUAACCUAGCUAAAAAAGGCCAGCAUGCACUUCGAGACAACCUAGUCAAAAGCGGCACAAAGAAAUCCAUCGUGGAAUAUGAGCAUCUCGAAGGUGUGCUGAGAGACGAGCGCGCACAGCAGGCAGAGCUGGACUGCUUGAACUACCUCGCGCAGAAGCAGCUUGUGGAACUGCUGAAGAAGGUCCCUACUGAAGCUGAUGAGCUUGCUAUGAUAGAAAACGCGAACAACCGUCUCCGGCGUAUGGAAAAUCGGCUGGAUCUAGCAACUAAGCGCUUUUGUCUCGUCAACACGGACAACAAGAGAGUCCGGGAAGAAAUUGAUAGGCUGCUGGUCGAAAGAAACGACUUCAACAUCCAAUGGAACCGCACGAUCGGCAAGCUGGUGAAAGGCAAGGAGUACCUGAUGGACAUCCUGGAGAUAGCCACCAACGCGUUUGGGGAUAGAGACGAGUGCUGCAGGAAGGUGGAGGCGUUGAAGUGGAAGGGCCUGUUCCAGCUUAAUAGGGAUAUAUCGGAGAUGCAAUCAUACGAGGGCGAGCUGAACCACCUCGCCAAACUUGAAGAAUUUUUACGCGUAAAGGGCUCUCGACGAGUCUGUGAAGCGGACGAAAUUGAAGAACUGCAGCGGCAGGAGGAGGUGGCGCGGUGCGAGCGGGAGAUCUCGGAGCAUGAUGCACUGCUUGAUGAGAUAUUUCAAUACGCCGGCUCGGAUAGAAUAACUACCGUUAUUAAUCACUUCCGAGCGAAUGAAAUUCAAAAUUUCUCUAUCUUUGUACUGCUCUGCGAAGUGUUGCAAGAAUCCAUUUUCAUUAGAAAGGAGUUGGAGAUAAUGAGACAAACUAUAAUGGACCAACGCGACAUUAACGAAGCAAGAGAGGAGAAACAAGACAAGCGAUUAACCGAAAUACGACUAGAAUUGGAGAACAAAAAGGAACAAGUGCGCGGCAUAUUGGAAGCUAAUAAUAAUGCUGAAGCCACCAUCUUGAAAGUGUUGAGAGGAAUCGAUGAUCUUGUUAGGUUGGCGAGGUGUGACGUGACGCCGCUGCUGUCGUUGCUAGGCAACCACAAGGAGGUGACGAAGUGGAACGUGCGCAAGUUCCUCAGGAUUCUGGAGUCGGAGGUGAAAAGCCUCAUCGAAGUGGUGUAUGGCGCUGUGAAGCCCCCGGCACCCACUCCCAAAGCGCGCAAAGGCCCCGCGCCCCCCACAACCAAGCUGGUAGCUGAUCCAUAUGUGGAGACACUCCGACCUAACAAGAUUGAGAAGCUAGUGCCGUACCAGCCUUGCGCUUACUGUGUAGAGGACUACAUAAUGAACCUUGUAUUUGAGACACCAGCAGUACCGGCUGAUAAAGAAUAUAUUCAAGGGAUAUUCAAGUUGGAAGAUGUUAACACUAAGUUUGGAAUUUAUACACUCACUAUUCCUGCAAAGCGUCAUCCUUAUCGUGGACCAAAGAAGGAUUAAUUACGAUAUCAAGUUUUUAUGUACCUUUUUAAACUAUUUGUUGUUUUUACGAAAUAUAUAAUAGUAAAACGAU